AGAAGAAAAGAGGGAACGAAACAUGAGAGGCUGUGUGAGAAGCUGCAGCCGCCGGCAGAGGAGACCUCAGCAUCAUCUAGAGCCCAGCGCCGGCCCUGCGUUCGCCUGCCCCGCCGCCGCCGGUUCUGUUCCAGCUACUGUCUCACCUAAACAACUCCCGUUACACGGACCAGUGAACCUCCGCGGCCGGCUUCUCUUCUUCCUCCUCUUCCAGCUCCCCCUCCUCCCACUGCCCAGCUGCAGCAGAAAGCCCCUAGCCCCACUGACACUGGCACAGCUGUACACGGUGUCAUCCGCACAACUUUCUCUCGCGCCUCGGGCUCCCCCAACGCACUGGACCAUCGUCUUUUAUUUUUGGCCAAGUUGCAUCGUCCCCGCCACCUCCUUCUGCCUCGCAAGUGUCCCGCCGCCCUGCAGCCUCCUCCCGGCGCUGCGCCCUAGUGCCCCUGCUGGGCAGUGGCGUUCCCCUCCUCUCGCCCGCGCCCACCCCCGGCCGCUCCGGGCAGACGAUGCUGAAGAUGCUCUCAUUUAAGCUGCUGCUGCUGGCCGUGGCUCUGGGCUUCUUCGAAGGAGAUGCUAAGUUUGGGGAAAGGAACGAAGGGAGCGGAGCGAGGAGGAGAAGGUGCCUAAAUGGGAACCCCCCGAAGCGCCUGAAAAGGAGAGAUAGGCGGAUGAUGUCCCAGCUGGAGCUGCUCAGCGGGGGCGAGAUGCUGUGCGGCGGCUUCUACCCCCGGCUGUCCUGCUGCCUGCGGAGUGACAGCGCGGGGCUGGGGCGCCUGGAUCACAAGAUAUUUUCGGUGACCAACAACACUGAGUGUGGGAAGUUGCUGGAAGAAAUCAAAUGCGCGCUCUGCUCUCCGAAUUCUCAGAGCCUGUUCCACUCGCCUGAGAGGGAAGCCAUGGACAGAGACCUCGCGCUCCCCCUGCUCUGCAAAGACUAUUGCAAAGAAUUCUUCUACACCUGCCGAGGCCACAUUCCAGGUUUUCUUCAAACUACUGCUGAGGAGUUUUGCUUUUACUAUGCGAGGAGAGACGGUGGGCUGUGCUUCCCAGAUUUCCCGAGAAAACAAAUCAGAGGACCGGCGUCUAACUACUUGGACCAGAUGGAAGAAUACGACAAAGUGGAAGAGAUCAGCAGAAAGCACAAGCACAGCUGCUUCUGCCUCCAGGAGGUGGUGAGCGGGCUGCGCCAGCCCGUGGGCGCCCUGCACAGUGGGGACGGCUCGCAGCGGCUCUUCAUCCUGGAGAAAGAAGGGUACGUGAAGAUACUCACGCCCGAAGGAGACAUUUUCAAGGAGCCUUAUUUGGACAUUCACAAACUUGUUCAAAGUGGAAUAAAGGGAGGAGAUGAAAGAGGACUGCUAAGCCUUGCAUUCCACCCCAAUUACAAGAAAAACGGAAAGCUGUAUGUGUCUUAUACCACCAACCAGGAGCGGUGGGCUAUGGGGCCUCACGACCACAUUCUCCGAGUCGUGGAAUACACAGUAUCCAGGAAAAACCCCCACCAAGUGGAUUCGAGAACGGCCCGGGUGUUUCUCGAAGUGGCAGAGCUCCACAGAAAGCACCUGGGAGGCCAGCUGCUGUUCGGCCCCGACGGCUUCCUUUACAUCAUUCUCGGCGACGGGAUGAUCACGCUGGAUGACAUGGAAGAAAUGGACGGGUUAAGCGACUUCACAGGGUCUGUGCUCCGGCUGGACGUGGACACGGACAUGUGCAGCAUGCCCUAUUCCAUCCCGCGCAGCAACCCGCACUUCAACAGCACCAACCAGCCGCCCGAGGUGUUCGCCCACGGCCUCCACGACCCAGGCAGGUGUGCUGUGGACCGGCAUCCCACCGACGUGAACAUCAAUCUAACAAUACUCUGUUCAGACUCCAAUGGAAAGAACAGAUCGUCAGCCAGAAUCCUACAGAUAAUAAAGGGGAAAGAUUAUGAAAGCGAGCCGUCACUUUUGGAAUUCAAGCCAUUCAGUAACGGUCCUUUGGUCGGCGGGUUUGUUUACCGGGGCUGCCAGUCGGAAAGGCUGUACGGGAGCUACGUCUUUGGAGACCGUGACGGGAAUUUCUUAACUCUCCAGCAGAGCCCCGUGACCAGGCAAUGGCAAGAAAAACCACUCUGUCUCGGCAACGGUGCUUCCUGUCGGGGGUACUUUUCCGGUCACGUGCUGGGAUUUGGAGAAGAUGAACUAGGGGAAGUUUACAUUCUAUCAAGUAGUAAAAGUAUGACCCAGACUCACAAUGGAAAACUCUACAAAAUUGUAGAUCCCAAAAGACCUCUGGUGCCCGAGACGUGCCGAGUGGCCGUGCAGCCUGCCCAGACGUUGGCCUCCGAGUGCUCCCGGCUCUGUCGCAACGGCUACUGCACCCCCACGGGGACCUGCUGCUGCAGCCCAGGAUGGGAAGGGGACUUCUGCAGGAUCGCAAAAUGCGAGCCGGCGUGCCGCCACGGCGGAGUGUGCAUCAGACCCAGCAAGUGCCUCUGCAAGAAAGGGUACCUCGGCCCCCAGUGCGAACACGUGGACAGAAACGUCCGCCGGGUGACCCGGGCAGGUAUUCUUGACCAGAUCAUUGACAUGACAUCCUAUUUGCUGGAUCUAACAAGUUACAUUGUAUAGUUUCUGGGACUGUUUGGAAGAUUCCUUUCCAGUGGGCAUUUAUUUUUUAUCCUGUCAUUAAAAAGAAAGACUGUUACCCCGCUACACACUCCUGUGAUUUCAUUUUUCUUCUCUUAAUUUAAAAGUAGUUUCCAGAAACGUGCGGAGUCUGUGUGUGUGUGUGUGUUGGUGCAUGUGUCCACAUGCGCACGGACACGCACCCACUCACAACCCCAGGACGUGGGUGUGGUUGCAGAACAGAUGGGUUUUAAAAAUAUAUAUUUCCUCGUGUGGAGCAAUUUACGCAGAAAUUCCACUGUAAAUUGAUAACGGCAUUUUUAUGUCACCAGAAGAGAUUAUUUGACUUCCCAGGAAUUUUCUGUCUGUAAUAACUAAAGUCAACUUUAAUGGAGUUUUGAAACAUUACCGUGCAAUCUGAUGGAACUAAUAAAAAAGGCAAUAUUUUUAUAUUAAAGGACUAUAAUGUGAGAAUGUUUCAGAACUCCCUGAUGGAUUUCAGUGUGGGCAACUUGAUAUAAAAUUGUAAUCUUCGUUUUUAUCAUUGUAUCCAAUUACAGAAUGUUAUGCACUUACCUUUUUAUUGGCAGAGAAAUCUGGUUACUCUAGCUUAAUAUCAAGACUGUUUUCAAGUGUCUUAUAAUUAAAUCAUAACAGCAUAUUCUAAAACCAAUCUUCCUAAAAGGUCUGCUUUUAUUGUAUAUUUUAUUUAACAAUAGGCACUGGGUUUGUGUUACAUAUUUAUAUUUUUUAUUUUAUUUUUAUAAUAUAGACAUCACCUAGAUGAAACACCUUUACCCUGUCCUGUAAAAUACUAAAGUUACAUUUUUCACCAACUUAAUUGGAAAGAAGGGGAGUGAGAAAGCAGACAGCCUUAAAGGUGCUGUGGAUCUAACCUAGCAGUGGAUCCUUGGGCCGACAUGUAAUCACUAACGACGGAUGAAAAAGCAAGAAAACAGCCAAUCCUUAUAAAAUUCCAGCAUUAAACGUUGGUCAAGUGCUUUUCACCAUAGCGAGACUGUCAGUGGAUGUGAUUAGAAUGUCACAGAUGGCACACUCAGUCGCACCCCACUGGACAAGAACUCACUCGUUUUUAACAAACCUUGGCUAUAUUAAGCGGUCACUUGGACACAUUUUUAAUAUAGUAAUUCUUGCCAAAUAUGACUCGUGUAUAUGUUCCUGCAGGACUCAGUGAAAACCCUCCGUGGUGAAUGUAUGAAUCAGUUUCUGUAAAUGUUCUGUCCAGGUUUGGAAAGCAAUGCUAUGUUCUAACUUACAAUUGCAAAACAUCGGAUAGACAAUUCUCUUAACGGUUUUCAAGGCCAGCUCCCCGUGUUUGGAUUGUGACAAAAUUGUAAGGCCUCUUUGCACUACUGAAAAAAAAAAACCUAUCGUGACACACGCACACCCUCUAUAGGUUCCCCUUCACUGAACAGUGGUCCCUCCAGAAUCUAAAUUGGAGAGUAGUGGAGAUUAUGCAGCAAGGGCUGACUUUCCAGACCUGCUCCUUACUUUUAGGAAUACGAACCUCAAUUAAAAAGAAUACGACCUCGCCACUAGGACUCCUCUAUUGUUUUAAAGCAGGAGAGAUGCAAUUAGAGUGCAGGGAGCAUUUGUGCAGGAAGCACAGCGUGGAAAGAUCGGUGAAGUGCACUGUGCUUGUCUUCCGUAUAUGAUGACUUAAGUUUCGAGUGACCUCAUGCCAAAUGGAAAUGGGUUGAGAAAUCUUGGUUCAGUGCCUAGUGGACAAUAGCCUGCAUUAAAAAGUGCAUGCAUAAUUUUGCACAAUUUAGAUUCAAUUGACAGUCUAUUCAAAGAAGUCUCAGGAUUAAAUGAGCAUGGAGACCAAAUUGCCCUCUUACCCCAGAAAAGGGGUGGUCCCUGCUAGUCACGCUAACACUUCAUUGGACCAACAGUGUGACAAAUCUUGCAAUGAACCCUGCAGUAGCCUUCAUCUGUAGGUUAAUAGCAGUCUUUUGUCUCCACGGCUUUCUCUUCGUAGCCCUUUUACUGAAUUCCAUCACAGAAAGUUUUACAAUUAAAAAAAAAAUGUCCUGACAACCAUUUUUGUAAAUGAACCUUACCAUCUAAUUGUCCCUUAUUCAGCAUGGUGACAUUAACAGAAUGUGAACUUCUUGUGAGGGAGCCAGCUGUCUAAACCUGGCAGAUUGUGCAGUUUUAUUACACAUUCUCCCAGUCAUCGCUUCGCUGAAAGCAAUCACGAUAUUGCUAUAGAAGGAGCAAAAUCUGAAAAUCCAGCCUUUCUCCUUACGUCCCUAAUCUUUCCACCUCUUCCAAAAGAACCCUUGCCAAAAACAAGGUGUGAUAUUGCCAUUAGUUCUCCUCUUUAAAAAUAUCUAUAUUAAACUGACCAGACCCACAUUUUGGCACAGGCCUCUCUCCCCAGGAACACAUGUGCCCCAGGUGUCACUGCCUUUGCUCUUGUGAGUCCUUGGAAGGAAAGACCAAAGUCUUCCAAAAAGGAAGAGAGCGAGGCCUGCGGACAUUAUGCCUGAGCAAAGAACAGAAAGUUGUUUCUUUCCGUUCUCAGAAAAGACAUAAAUAGCAGAGGUUAACGGAUGGCUACGCGUUUUGAAAUCAGUGGUCAUUUCCAAAAUCUUUGGAACUUUUCAAGGAGGUUUUUAAAACAUGUGACUGGAGAAUUGUCUUCAGUGAUUCAUAAAAAGGGACUGAGAGGAAGUGGUUAAACAGUAUGAGCUAAGGAAAAGCGAUGGCCCCGUCACACGGUGGCGGCAUCCGCGCCAGCUCGGCCCAGGGCGCGCCCCGUCCACAGGGAAGAACAGUGCCCUCGCUGGGAACACAGGUGUGUGAAACAAAGCAGCGAAGUAGGGAAAGGUCUGUGGUUGUGCCUUUGUCCAUUCCAGAGCUUAACAUAUGGGUGUCAGUUUAAUCGGAACCGCUGUUAUGGCAGGUUAUAAAGAGUUGGAAAAAAAGCUUUCUGCCAUGGCUUCUGCCACGCUUUUCCCUAGUUCAGAGAACCUUGAUUUCCUGCCAGUCACAUGUGGUGAUGAGAAGAGCACAGGACUGACACAUUAUUAAAGUGAAAAGAAGGGGCGAUUUCAGAAACCCGAGUGAUGAUAAAAAGUACUUGCAUCCAUACCUUUCUUGGAAUUUUGUUUUAAUGUGGCUAUUAUAAAAAAUUUGUUUCAUCACAAAGAGUACUCUGAUAUUUUCUCAGAUUAAGGGGAUUAUCUCUUAAAGAGCAAAGAAACCUACACCAGCAUAUACACACAAGCUAAAUAGAAAACUUUUUCAUUUGCAUACUUCAGAACGAGCACUUCUGUAUUUAUUUGUUUGAAAAUAAUUAGGUAAUAAUGUACUAACAAGUUUAAUAUAUUUCUUUUUAAUAUCGUUUGUAUCUCUGAAUCACAUACAAAAGUCUACUAGGUAUGAAGGCAUGAGGUUAGAUGCUACACCUAGGGUCAUUUAAAGUACACAAUAAUUUAACCUUUUAUUAGUCAAACUUUUCAUUUUAAAAGAUAAAAGAGAAACCAAGUCCAAAUUUUUAAGAGAAAAAAUAAGGCAUAGCACAGGCAGUUGUAGUUGGCCGAUCAAUAAAGUUUCUGAGCAUCUCUAUAGAAUGUUACUUAUGAGACCUAUUUCUCUCUCUCUCUCUCCCCCUCUCUCUCCCCCUCUCCCCGCUCCCUGCCCACCCCAGUAUAGCCUUUUUCCUUUUAACCCCUCUCUUCUCUAUUUCUGUUUGUUUUUUUAACUCAACAAACAUGUCCUCAGUACACCCAUAAUGAAGACGUCCCGGCGUAGGUUGCUAUCAAUUUUUGCUGGUUAUGACCUUUUAUUUAUUUUCCUGGAAAAUAGCCUCUCCUGGUCUCACAUUCGCUGGGACUCUGUAUUGUGAAGACCAGGAGAUAAACAGGAACACCCCAGACUGAUCUCUGACAGUCACUGAAAGGCGUGAUCAAAAGCAGAAGUGACCACCAGCCAGAUGCCCCCGUUCAGCCAGAACUCCCUCACAGACACAGAAAAGACAUGCCAAUAGCCCCAGCAAAGAGCCUUAGCUAAAGGCAGGGAACGUUAGUAGCUAUUUCCUAGAAGAAGAUUAUUCCAAAUCUAUGAGGAAAGAAUAAGAAACAGUUCCUCAGUGGAGACGUUAGCAUCUUCUUUUCCCGCCUCAGAUGACACUUGAAGGUGCAGAGAACUCAGACCCCACGCCCGGUAAACGUGCAUAUUUCUGUAACACCCCAGGAAGGUAGUGGGCCUGUUCCUGUGAAUGCUGGCGACACCUGUAGACAGUUCCUCUUUAGAACAUCCGAGAGAAAUAUAUGUUUGUUUUCUUACCUUCCUUCUCUUCACCACACCAACACGAGCUAGCCAUGUGUCCAGUACUGCAUAGAAUGUCAACGAAGGUGGGAAACCUAAGAACAGAAGCAUUCUGAUAUCAAAAAUAUGACCGUAGAAACUGCCAAACACUAGUCCUAGCCAACUUCGACACUUCUUUCUCUUAAAUAUCUCCUCGUAAGUUUUGGAAGCUGCCUUAGAAUAAGUGUUUAGGAGAGUAAGAUGCAUUCCCGAGCACACGAGGGGGUGUUGUAGUGUGGCCGUGAGAGAUUUCUUCGUUUGUCAGAUUGGCACGUUUCUUAAAUUCUUCAUUUACCGACCCAAAUUCUUCAAAUACCAACCAAGGUAGAUCCGUCAUUUACCUCGCUUACUUUUAUAUCGGUCACAUACAAGUUGGUUGGAAAAAUUUUUUAAAUAACUAAUGGAUCUUUUGUAUCAAUAAAAAACUAGGCUCAAAAGCUUACUGCUUUUUUUUAAGCCAGAUUACAUAGUAGUUUACCAAAAAAAAAGUAUCAAUAUGAAUUCUAAGGUUACCUCUCAUGUACAUCACAAAGUCAAGAUGAAAUGAUGUCACAUUUCAGUCAGGAUGGUUUUGCAAGUGUAGGUGAUGUAUUAUUUAAAAUCAAGCUACAUACACACACAUAUAUAAGCAAGUUAACUUAAAAGUUUGGUGAGUUAUCCUGACUAUAAUCUCUGAGUUAAAAAGACAUUUUGGCAUGUAAGAUAGAAAGAACAGAGCAUUAACAGUGAUGGGAAAUUCAUAAUAGUUAAAUAUAAAAUAAACUUUGUCUUUGCAGUUAGAAACUAAUUCUUGUCCAUUUCCUUUUGAACUAAUAAGUAGCUAGCAACACUUUCCAUUCGCAUGGACAGUGUAUGAUCAGGUUUGGGAUAGCCUAUGCCCAAAAAUAUAUUUUGGAUAUUUCUUUACAUUAUAUUCUUAAAAUCUGAGACAACUUUCCUAGAAUAAGGUAAGAUUUCAUGUAUAAUAGAGCCUAAUACUACUUAAUACAUUAAUACAUUCUAUUCAUAACACUAUUGUUGAGAAAUCAAGUUGACAACUUUAUCAGAUAUCAGAUACACUGAUGGGACAUUUUUGGACACGCAUUUCACCAAGAACUAUGUAGUAACAAGGUAAAUGACACUGAGGUAUUACGGAAUUGGUGGAGCUUGAUUCCCUAGGAUAUGUGAAAGAAGACUAUUUAUUUAAAAGAAACCCAUCUAAUUAAAAUGAAAACACUGCUAAAUCAUUAUCCUUCACAGGCGUAAGAGAAAUCUAAAAAGAAACUCCCCAGUCUUCCUGGGCUCUGUCUGGGACGCCCUUGGUGCAAUUUUAAAGAACGGUUGCCUCUGUCAUUCUUCUGAUACAUUUCGGUUUCCCUGCUUGUCCGCUUCCCUUCCAGUUGCUGACAAUUGGGGUGAUUCGUCCCUAAUCUCACAUGCAGAAGAUAGCCACCCAAUCCUUGCUUGAAUUCCUAGUAACGGAGGGCAGAAGGCUGUGUGAACAAGUACAAAAGCAGGUGCAUGUUUGAGGGAGCAGAGCUGAUGCAUGCACUAGCUGGGAUUCCUACAAAUGUUCACCUGAAAAGAAGCACGCAGACUCAUUGGCUCAGAGGAUCCCUGUACAUUUGCAUUACUCUGAUUUAUUUAACCAAGUUAUUACAAUACACAUUUCUCUUUGAUCAGCCUUCUAUUAUUCAGCCAUCCAUCCAUUCAUUAGUUUCAGUAAAUAUUUACUGAGGGACCUAGUGUGAUUAUGUGACAUAGAACAGGCCAGGACAUUCAUCAUGGGGGAUUGUGAGCCCAGUGGUAUGAUAAACGCGUUUGAAUCGAAAGGUACUAAUCACGCCCAACCCGCUCCGAUUCAGCUCAGCGUUAGAAUCCAGCGCUAGGAGUACAGAUGGCCGAAAGUACACCUGUGUGUAUCUGUACAUGUGCACACACCCAUGUAUAUAUAUUUAUCUAUCUGUACAAACACGACAUAUGUAUACACACUAUCUAUGUAAUAUAUAAUAUAUGUAUAAUGCAUAUAAAUUCUAACAAGUGUAUUUGUGUUAUCUUUAAAAUAGAACAACUGUAUCUUGAAGUGGUAAAUGCAGAGAAUUGGUUUUUAUUGUUGAUCUGUGGAUUUAAUGAUUUUUUUAGGUGAAAAGGAUGUUUAAGUGUACAAUUUCUUUUCUUAAUUUAAUAUAUUUAUGUAAAUGCAUGCCUGAAAUUUGGUUAGAUUGACUGUGUUUUGUGCCUUUUAACAUGAUCAAAUGUAUUAAACUUUAUCUUACGACCUGA